CCUCCUCCUCUCAGGAUCCCUGCUGGAUGUAUCCCGCACCCUGCUCGCUUUUGUAAGAAAGAAAGAAGAAGAAGAAGAAACGACCACCCCCCCCCCGGCAGGAUUAGAAGCGUGGAAGCUUGUGGAGGACAAUUGUUCAGUGGGCGACAUGAGGGAAGGCGGAAUAAAGCCUGCAAAGUGUGCGAGAGGCUGAACGCGCUGCUCUGUCUCAUCCACCACACUGACUUUGGAAGCAGCGCCGCCAUGGCGAAGUGGCUCAAAGACUACCUGAGUUUCGGCAGCAGGAAGGUACCGCCCCAGCCUCCCACGCCGGACUACACGGAAAGCGAGAUCCUAAAAGCCUACCGCCUCCAGAGGGAACUCGACUUUGAGGAUCCGUACGAAGACCCAGAAAACCGGUCCAGGGCCGAAUCGGGAACGUCAGAGCCCGCCACCCCCGUGUAUGGCUCGCCCAUGAAGUCCUCCAACGCAGACGUCAAAUCCCCCAAACACAGACUCAUCAAAGUGGACUCCCAGGACCUGGGGCGCACCAAGAUCCUGCUGAGUGCAAUCUCCUUAGAUGACCAGCAAGAACCUGCCGUGCCGUCCGCUCCACUGGCAGGGGACGCCGAUUAUUCUGACCCGUUUGAUGCCCGGUCGGACCAUCGACCAGAACCAGAUGUGAGACCGCUUCCCUUUGAGAACAAUGGCUACAUGGAACCUUACGAGGCCCAGAGAGUCAUAACAGAACUGCAGCGCGGCCCCGCAGGAGGAGGCGGAACAGGACAGAAACAUGGCGGUCUGCAGCUGUACGACACCCCGUACGAAGACGGGCGAGGCCGACAUCCGGGCUUCCUGUUCGGGGAGAUCCUGGAGGAAGGCAAGGAGAACAGCAGGCUGCCGCAGGACGACGAAAGACCGGCGGACGAAUACGACCAACCCUGGGAAUGGAAGAAGGAUCACAUCUCCAAAGCUUUCGCAGUGCAGUUUGACGGGCCAGAGUGGGAACGCUCCUCGUCGCCCACGGAGCGCCUGCGUCCACCGGGGCCCUGGUCCAGCCCGCUGGCGGGCGGGGGGGUGAAGUUUCGGAUGCCCCAGGAGGGCCUCACCAUGGUGGGGGAGAGAGUGGACCCCACCCUGCCCCUGGAGAAGCAAGUGUGGUACCAUGGUUCUCUGUCACGGUCCGAAGCAGAGUCUCUGCUGACGCUGAGUAAAGAAUGUAGUUACCUGGUGAGGACCAGCCAGACCAACCGAUGCGACUACUCACUGUCUCUACGGAGCUGCCAGGGCUUCAUGCACAUGAGGUUCAGCCAGUGCAAGGACGGCAGGUUCGUUCUGGGACACAGCAGCCCGCCCUUCCACUCCAUCCCCGAGCUGGUCCACUUCUACACCACGCACAAGCUCCCCCUCCGCGGCGCCGAGCACCUGUCGCUGCUCUUCCCCGUGCUGGUGCAGACGCUCUGACCCUGGGCCCAGGACCCAGGACCCAGGACCCAGGACUCCUCCAUUGAAAGUGAGUCCUCCCAGGUCCUGUUCAAGUGGACCUGCUUAUCUUCCACCUGCCAAGUGGCAGAAAAUGCAAGGCCUGAACUCUCUGAGCUGGAACCAGACUUCAGGACAUUACAAAUUAUCAUUUGCUUUUUUUUUUUUUUUUUUUUUGUUCUCUGAGAGAAGUCAGUGACGCCUGGAAAGACAAAGUUGGGAUAUUUUUUAGGCUCCGUUUGCAAAAGAACUGAACUGGUUUAACUUAACACUGGUCAUGUCCUCUUUUUCACCUUUGUACUACAAACACUCACAUGACAAUAAAGGAUGAAGUGGACAUCCUUUUUAUAUUUAACAAAACACGUUUCAUGAAGCUUUCUUUGUUAGAUUUGUAGUACCGUAUUUUCC